AUGGCGUCCGAUACCACGAUUCCCGAAGCGGGCAUUCCAUCGAGUCUCUCGGCCCAGAACGGUUCUCUCACAGCAACCCAGAGUGGAGAUGCCGAGAUCUUGGGGAAGCUCUUCCUCUUGCGGCCUGCAGUUGAUCAUCUGUUGGGUGCUGUGGAGACUUUGCCCAAUCUCCGCCACUUAGAGAGUCAAGUCAUGAUGCCGGGAGGAUAUGCCAUCCCACGCUAUAUCGAAGCGAACCGGCGGAGGGCGACGGAAACCCCGAGAAGUCGCAUUUCCAUACUUGACCGGGACUCUCUUGACUUUUCCUUCCCGUCGGGGGUUCCUGCCUGGCAUGGCCUGGCCAGUCACCUCGCGUUCUAUAUCCUUCCCUGGAUUCUCACUGUGAUGUCCAAUCCUCCCCGUCAGAAUAUGGACAGGGAGAAGGAGGAUGGCUCGGAGGCAUCUUCUUCGACCCGUACGGAUGCGAACGCUCUCCCCGACAACGAAAAAGACGACGUUCCACAACUCCCUAAGUCUCGACUCGGCUUGGCUAAUGACCCGGCGGCUGGAACGACCUUGCAUCAGCUCGAGCAUACUGUUUCGGAAAAGAUCGAACUGACCGAAGAAAAUUGUUACGACCAACUUGGCUACGCUUUCCCCGAAUGGAGAAAGUGGAUGAUCAUCAUCGUGAUUUUCCUUGUCCAGACCUCGAUGAACUUCAACACCAGCCUUUAUUCGAAUGCCGCCACCGGAAUAUCCGAAGAGUUUGGAGUGAGUAUGCAGGCCGCUCGGUGUGGUGCCAUGAUCUUCCUGGUUUUGUACGCCUUCGGCUGUGAGCUCUGGGCUCCUUGGAGUGAAGAGCUGGGCCGAAAGCCAAUUCUACAACUCAGUUUGUUUCUCGUCAACGUGUUCCAGCUCCCCGUUGCGCUCGCACCUAACUUUGCCUCGAUCAUGGUUGGCCGUGCUCUUGGUGGUCUAAGUUCAGCUGGUGGCUCCGUCACCUUGGGCAUGAUCGCCGAUCUUUGGGAGGCUGAUGACCAGCAAUACGCUGUUGCUUGCGUUGUCUUUUCUUCCGUCGGUGGCUCAGCUCUGGGCCCAGUUGUGGGUGGGUUUGUGGAAGCCUAUCUUCCUUGGCGUUGGAAUAUCUGGAUUCAGCUCAUAUUUGGAGGAUUUGUGCAAGUCGCCCACCUACUGUUGGUACCCGAGACUCGAACGACAAUCAUGAUGGAUCGAAUCGCCAAAAAGAAGAGAGAGAGUGGAGAGGAGCCGAAUCUCUACGGACCCAACGAGCUUGUUUCCUUCCGUGAACGCUUCUCUGCCAGGGAAAUUCUCGUCACCUGGGUUCGGCCGUUCAAGAUGUUUUUGACAGAACCUAUCGUGCUGUGUUUGUCCCUACUCAGUGGUUUCAGCGACGCUUUGAUAUUUAUCUUCAUCCAGUCCUUUGGCCUUGUAUAUGAUCAGUGGAACUUCAGCACUGUCGCUAAAGGCCUGGCCUUUAUCCCAAUCCUUAUCGGAUAUUUUAUCGCGUGGCUUUCCUUCAUCCCGGUCAUUCGAAGGAACAUUGGAGAGCGGCGAAUGAAGCCAGACGACGAGCAUACACAAUACGAGUCGCGAUUGUGGUGGCUGCUUUACACGGCCCCUUGUUUGCCAAUUGGAUUGAUCGGCUUCGCGUGGACCAGCUUGCCUCACGUGCAUUGGAUAGGUACCAUGAUCUUUUCCGCAGUUGUCGGCAUUGCCAACUAUAGCAUCUACAUGGCUACCAUCGACUACAUGAUUUGUGCUUACGGUCCUUAUUCGGCUUCUGCCACCGGUGGAAACGGAUGGUCCAGAGACUUCCUGGCUGGUGUGCUCACGAUUCCUGCCACGCCUUUCUACACCAAUAUUGGCGGUGAACGUCAUCUGGAAUAUGCGUCCACUAUUCUAUUCUGCAUAUCAUUUAUACUUGUUAUUGCCGUGUACGUGAUCUACUGGUACGGUCCAGUUCUUCGGAAGAGGUCGCCAUUCGCCCAGCAACUGUCCGAUGCGCGAGUCGAGAUCCAGUCUGCCGGACGCCGACUCUCUAAAAUCCCCUCCGGUUCUCGAGCCAACUCCUUUGCACGAUCGCAACAAAACUUGCGGAUCCGCCAGAAUUUUGGAAGUCGUCCCGGUAGCUACGUGGCGUCCCGGGGAAAUUCGCGCAACAACAGCCUGUCCUACGGGGGCGUAUAA